AUGAAGCCUUCCAAGCCCAUCUACCGCCCCUCACGGAGCCCUUCACCAGAAGUGACCCUUCCUCCGGUCUUGUUCCACUCGGAUUACGAUGUGGAUUACCAAUACAAGAGGAGCGAGCCUAGAACGGGCGACGCCGCCCUGACAUCCCUCUUUGGCAACUACCAAAGCCCACACAUCAGCCAGGCUGCCGAUAGACCCAUUCUGCCUUCCAUAAAUGACUUGGACGACUACAACCAUCGUGGCGACCGCCAAUAUGAUCUGGGACACGACCGAAGUAGUAGCCAUUUUGAUACAAGGGGACUGCGGCUAGGCACAGGCCGUGAUGAACCCGGAAAGCCCAGGCUACGACAUACCGCGCCACCUAGAAAGGAUAGCCUCCAGCAUCUAGCUGCCGGCGCCCUUAAGGCCGUCAACGUACCCGAAACACCUUCUGAUCCUUCUUGGGGGCCUCUCGCAGUUGACAAACUCUCGCUGCACGACCCACCAGAAUCGCCUCGCUAUAAAUCUCCUUCUUUAGCUUCUUCCAGGUCGCGUCCAUCUAUGCUAAGCCCUCCAACCGCACCAUUACCGCCGCUUGCUAAACCUUCGCCAAGCUCUGACCACAGCGGGCAUUCACUCCCGUCCAUACGUUCAACACUGGGAGGCGACUUCAAGUUGGCUCUUCCCGAGAAAGAACCCACGCUGCCGCACCACACAACUGGGCCACCUCUGGCAUCGUAUUCACCCCCUUCUGGAGCUCAAAUGCAUCCCCAUAUCCCAUGCUCAUCACCCAUCUCUCCGCCAGACAACUAUUCCCGGAGCCUUCCUUCGCCGCGAGCUACUAUGGCGCCCAGUCCUUACAGCCACAUCCCAGUCGCGAUUUCCCACAGACCUAGCGUCGACUACAGCGGUAGCAGCACCUGCGGCGAGUCCGCCACUAUGGAGAAAAGCCUUUCAUCAUCUGGGACUGCUGCCUCGGUUACGACCGACUGCAUGAGUAUCGACGAGAUCACCAGCCAGGGCGGCUACAACUGCACUGUAACGGGCUGCACGGCUCCACCUUUCCAGACGCAGUACCUGCUCAACUCGCACGCCAACGUGCACUCAUCGGCGCGUCCCCAUUACUGCCCCGUACCCGGGUGUGCACGUAGUGAAGGUGGAAAGGGGUUCAAGCGCAAGAACGAGAUGAUUAGGCAUGGCCUCGUCCAUGACUCUCCCGGAUACGUAUGCCCCUUCUGCCCAGACAGAGAUCAUAAAUACCCCCGACCGGACAACCUCCAACGACAUGUUCGCGUUCAUCACAAUGAUAAGAGUAAAGAUGACCCGCUCCUUCGCGAGGUUCUCGCUCAAAGAGCAGAUGGUCCAAAUAGAGGGCGUCGGAGACGAGGUGGCUCUUAA